CUGAAGAAGUAGAUCAGAACCAUUCUACCAUGCAACGUACAAAUGAGAGAACGAUUGUAAAUGUGCCAACGUUUGCUCAUUCCGUUCAUUUACCAGUAACAAAAAACGCACGCACCUAUCAUGGAAAUAAAAGUUCGAUGAUGAAAAGUAAUGACGUAAAUGAUGACGUAUACAAUCAUCUGCAUGAAAAGGAAGAGGAUUCCGAAAAUGAUGAAACUUACGACCACACCUAUGGAAACAUAUUAAGCAGUGCCAUGGAGGAUACUAAUUACAGUAAUUUAAAUACAGUGAUAAGAUAUAAGGAACCCGAUGGUUCUGCUGCUGGAGAUAACGAUUAUGAUGAUCGAGAGCCGCCUGGUGAUUACUGUGCACUGAGAAAGCAGUAAAGAUGUAUAUUCUUAUGCAAACACACUGCUGUGCUAAGUCUGAGUCAUGCAUUUUAUUUCUGAAACUGUUUGUUGCCUUUCAUAAUUUUUAAACACUUUAUGCAAGCAUAACACGUAUAUUGAAAGAGAAGAAAUUUAAUGUAUAUAUCCGAUCAUCCCUUUGAUAACAUACUAGGAAAAACAAUUUUGAAUAUGGUUUCUUUCUUAGGUUUAGACGUUCCUAAAACACAGAAUAAUUAUUUGACUUCAUUUUUGGUAUGAUCUUUCGAUCGAGUCAGGGAUCUUCAUUUCUUCCCAUAUCAUGAUGCUUAACAGAUUUGUUUGCCUUGACAUAUUAAGUCAUUUAAGUUU